AUGGCAGCUUCCAGGCCUGCGAUAAAGACGCUUAGCCAGCAGGACGUGAAGGAUCUCCUGCAGGAUCCGAGCCUGAGGCUGCUGGGCUCUGGCGCCUCCGCCAAGGUUUAUUCGGUUCGCUACGAAGGGCGGACUCGCGCACUCAAGGUCGCGCACAGCCCCGACAUCGACGUCUCGAGCGAGUUGGUGUUCCUCUCGAGCAUCAACGGGGCCGGCGGAGCCCCUGUGCCCUUGGCCGUGGGCACGGAUCCCGACGCGCUGCUCAUGACCUUCUGCGGGAAGCGCACCCUAGGCGACUACGUGAGGCGAGGGCCGAAGUCUGGCGCCUUUUCGCUCCUGCACUUGCUGACCCUGGCCAUGCGCGUGACGGAGCGCCUUCAGGAGCUCCACCGCGCCGGCUUCGUCCACUGCGACCUGAAGGCUAACAAUGUGACAGUCAGGCUGGACUCCGGCCGGAACGUGAAGUCCGUCCAUCUCAUCGACUUCGGCCUCUCCGUCCGCAUCGGGACGAGGCUCGCGCCUCGGAAGAAGAGGCACAACAAGCAGUGGUACUGCGACUGCCGCUACAACGGGUCCGCCCUGCAGCCGUCGUGUGACCUGCCCGGCCUCGCCACCGUCUUCGCGACGCUGUUCGGGGACAGAGACAUCCCGUAGGGCGUAGCAGAGCUGGCCCUGUGCGGGAGCCCCUCGCACGACGAGCGCCCCUCCCUCAAGAAGGUGCGGCGGCGGCUGGCCAAGGCCUGCGUCU